GGAAAGCUUGAAUUUCAGGGUCUAGGAGACUCCCCUUAACAUGAGGUCAGUUCUUGCGGAAUUCUGUAUCUGAGUGCUGUCUUCGGUUCUUAUACUGAGCCACAUUCAACUGGCUGCUCCUGAGCUACGCUCAACUUCAUUCAACUUCUUGUCGAACUUCCACAACUUCUCCACUCAUAUCUGCGCCAAAGUAUGGACACCGACAUGUAUCCUCAUGAAGUCAAUCAAAUACUCCCUUCCAAUUUCUCAGAUUUGGAAGUGGAUGAUUUCGGGGAUGAGUCCUACCAGAAAACCUGCCGCAAUCAACUCUCCAACGAAAGACUACCGAAACGAGCCCAGAAUUACACUAUGAUGCACUACAUCAUAGCGAUCUGUUGUUUCACAACCUCACUUGGAAUUUUCGUCUUCACCAUGCUGAGCGAUAGGCAUCACAUCGAGUAUGUUUCGACCAAGUCAGAGUUGGAGACUGGUGCAUUUUUGAAUGUCAACCGAGAUGUUCUCAGGUCCCCUUGUGGCUCAUCCCCAGCCGAGGCGAAGGCGCUGGGCUGUACAUUUGACAUCAUAUCGUUUUGUUGGUUACCAAAUCGAUGUUACGACGCAGAAUUAUCUCAAAGAUUCGACAAACUCUCGAACUGGGAGUGGUUUCUGGAUCACAACAAAACACAGCCUGUGGCCAAGUCUGACGCACUGACUGGAGAGCUGGAUGGACUAUACGUCAGUUGGGAGUAUCAUGUUCAGCACUGUGUCUUCAUGUGGGAGAAGAUGCAUCGGGCUUUCUUGGGAGGAGGAAAGCGGGCUGUAGAUGGUUACAUCGGAGUUUUCUCUCACACUCAGCACUGUGGGAAAAUGCUCCUGACGAGGGGAGAAGGGUUUGAACUCAGUGAUUUCAACACUAGAAUCAAGGUGAAAUACCCGGACUGUGGGAUAGAAUGAAGAACACUUCAGGUCUCUCCCUGUGGGGGUUCUGGUUGCGAAUGAUGACGAUUAGCUUCGAGGUUGGCCGGACGAAUCUGUCACAACUCUGUAGUGACCAACUUAGAUUGAGAAGCAAGAGAAACAAAUUGAU